AUGUGGAAUGGCCCCGAUACCCCAUCACUGCCCAGAGCUCUGGCAAAUCCUGGGCAGUGGUGCUGGUUCAACGCGGUGUUGCAAGCACUGGCAAGCAUCAAUGAUCCCAGGUGGUGGGGAAUCUUGCGAUCCGUCUUGGAGCCCGAUCCCUCUUGCAACAGCUCUUGUCAGGGAGGCGAAGCGCCCAAAGAUCUGUCGGCUUGCUUGGCCUCCGUGCUCCUGUACAUAAAUCAUGCGACGUCUCUUGAGUCGGACUACGCGAACGAGAUCGUCUACAAUCUUGCUGCGGCCAUUGACCGGGAGUGCGGCCUCAGCUCCGCCUAUGGCGAGCAACAGGACGCCCACGAGGCCUUGAUCCAGCUCUUAGAGGCGCUACAUGCUGGGCUGCUGAGGCGGCAGCUCCAUGCCAGCCAGGACCUUCCGAGGCCUCAACGACCCAGCUGGGAGCUCCGGCCUUGGCUGGUUCCGACGGGCGCCUGGGCUCGCGCCGUGCUCGCCUGCCGCUGGUUCCAGGAGCUGUGGCAGGGCACCUUGGAGGAGAGGCGCGUCUGCAGCGCGUGCGGACUUGUGAAGGUGGACGCCUGCCCUUCCAGGCAGGCCUUCCGCUGCCUUUCCCUUGACAUGCUCCAAGGCCAGGUGACGUUGGCGCCUAUCGAUUUGCUCAGUCUGCUGCACUCUUCCUACGGGGGCAAGGGGGUCGAGGAGAUUGAAGGCUUGGUGUGCAGCCGCUGCUCCGCACGAGCCACGCAGCAGAGAUGUUUGCUUGAGGGCCUUCGAGGCUCCUUUCAGGCAAGGCAGGCAUACCGGCGCUUGACAGCCUUUGGAGAGACAAUCCUGGAAGCAGAGCAUCUAGGCCUGCUUUGUCCUGCGGGUUCUCCGGAGCCCGUGCUGUGCCGCAGGACUCAUUUCCGGUCAUUCAGGCUUCACAGAGCUCCGGCCAUUCUGACCCUCCAUUUGCGGCGCCUGAUACAUGGGCCCUGGGGCUUGAUGCGACUGCCCAACCCCGUGCGCUGUCCGGCUGUUUUGGUGCUGGACAAAGUUCUCCGCAGCUAUGCCUUGGACUCGGUGGUGUCGCACCUGGGCACAGCCAGCCAAGGGCACUUCAUUGCCCAUCGAGCAUGGCACCCACACGGGCAAAGUGACGCCCAGAAGGCUUACAUCUCUCUUGCCACCUCGGGCAAAGUUGACCUGUGGUGCCCGGUCCUGGCUUCCUUGCGCUUCCUGAGACAUUGGCACCCAGGUGCGGCGGAGAACGUGGGCCAGGAGCCCAGAGCUAGCAUCGUGGCCCAUGGUGAGGUCCUGGAAGUUCUGGCUCCUGGCACUGCGAGUAUCUGGACGCGGACUGCUCCUGCCGCCCAUGCCUCAGAGUCAUGCGGCGAUGAAGUCGAUGUCUCGGAGUGUCUUGAGACCUUGGGCAGAGCCUCCUGCAGGCGGCUGAAGGUCUUCAGUCCGGCGCAGGCUGCUCUGCUCGACGGCCAGACCUCGCGAAUACAUUCCCUCAGGCACAUCGUCUCCAAGCUCGCGGACGCCAGGCAGAAGGUCUACGUCUUCGACAACAAGUUCUUUCAAAAUGUCUCGGCUGGGGAGCUCGCACCGAUUCCAGAAUGGCUGAAGAUGGGCUCGGCAGAGAAGUUUCUGACCAUGGGUGGGCCGCUUGCGGGAACUCAGUUCCAUUCGCACGGCCCUGCCUUCCUUCUGCUCGCCUCGGGAAGAAAGCGUUGGUACAUGCAUGCACCGGGGCACUUUCCCAAUGCCACUGCUCGCGAGCUUCACCGUCCUGUCUCAGCAUUUGAGGCAGAUGUCUUGCCAAGCCUGGAUUCACCUCCGCUUACAUGCCUGCAGAAAGCUGGGGACGUGGUCUUUGUGCCAGAUGGCUGGUCACAUGCCACGAUCAAUGUCGAGUCGACGCUUGGUGUGGCCUGGCAGCGCACAACUUCCUCUACCCAAAUCUGUGAGCAUGGCUUCGACUACUGGUGCCUGUCCAAGAACCUCAUCAGUGUGGAGAAGCUGAGUCCGAAGAAGCAGCCUGCCCGAUACAAGGAGCUCUUCCAGCAAGCGGAGGAUGUCACGGGGGGGUUCCCCGUCGGCUUCCUGAGACACCUGACGCCAUACUGGCAAGUGUCGGCGGAUGCAAAGGAAGUGUUCAAGCGAGUUCGUGGCAAAGUUGUCCAGUUCCUCAAGGCUGCGCAGCCACACAGUGACGAAGCCAUCUUGGCAACUGCUCUCCUCAAACGACUUGCUGAUGUUCUCUUCAAUGUCAAGAAGGAUGCGAAGAGAGCUUCGGAUCUCCUUGCAGCUGGUCAGCGGAGAGCCCCCGAAGCUGGAGUAGGUGUCUCUCUGGCGCAGCUGUUGGGACAGCAGCAUCGCUGGAAGGAAGCUUCAGAGGCACUGGUGCUCCACCUCAGCCACUUCCCAGAUGACGAGAGCGCGGCCCGGCAAAGAACUUUGCGAACAAGCCGUGAUGUGGUGGCGUCGGGAAGAACUGCUGGGGAUGCUGAUCAUGCUGCUGCAGAAAAGAGAGAGGUUUGUGCUGAUGACGACCGCGUCUUCGAGACAAACUUGUGGCAGGUGCUGAGUUUGCCAGCUGCCUACCUGUUUGUCUACGAGCCGCGGGCCAAGAGGCUGUUCAAAGGAACGGCCGUUUGUCACCCUUCAUUUGCACGCAGCGUGCCUACAGCCAGCGGAAAGGAAGGCGCCCUCAAGUAUCUGUGGCAGACCUCGCCGCUCACUUCAAGGCUUGCGCACUUGGCUGUCACAGCCGUGUCGGCCUAUGCCCUGCCACGCUUCGCAGAGAGCCGUCCAGCAGAAGACACCCUCAUGGAGCCGGCCGGGUUGACUGUUCGAAAAACACACGUCCGGCAAGCCAACUUCCUCGUACCUUAUGCAGAGGAGAGACAUCACGCUGUCCACAGCUUGCAGGUUCCUGGAAUGUUGGAUUGUGAGGGUGAAGGCUGGCCUCAGGAGUGGCGUGUUUUCCGACUGGCUGCCACAGAGGCGGUUGCCGAGGGUUUCGCACGUUCAGCGGCGCUCGAGCAGAUGGCAACGAUGAUCGAGGAGAAGUGGGGCCGCUGGGUUUGCCCCAAGGUUCUUCGUGGAGAGCAGUGCAUGAAAAGUGAUGAUCUUGUGUUCGACUUCAUCCCUGAACUACACAGAGAAUGCCACGACUCGAACAACUUCGAGCGCUAUCUGGUAAGGCACUACUUCAGAAGCGAGGCGUACAAGGCACUUGAGGCGCCCUCGGGAUUCUGCCUCUUUGGCUACGUCACGGCUCUCAUGGUCCUCGCCUGGCACCGCCUCCCGGAGCAGGUCCAGCCCGGCUUGCGGUACACCUACAUCGCGCGGCACCUUCUAGGUCACUACCACUCCUUCGACUUUCUGGAGUCUUCCUCUUGGCCGGUCUCAUCCUUCCUGAUCUCGGUGAACUUCCAUUCAGGUGGGACCUGGAUGCCGGUGGCUGAAGCUCCAGAUUAUGUGCAUCCGGGUCAGCUUGGGCCAGCUUUCUACUACGAUCAACUUGCAUGGCGUGGAACUACAGAGGCAGCCAAAGUUAUGCCUUCGCCGGUCCCAUUCCUGCCUGGACAGAGUCCGCUGGGGGGACCAGGGUCCCCGAGCCGACCGCACCUGGUGGUGUGGCAGUCUUGCAUCCACGCCUCGACAGCUGGCGAGGCCGUGACGAUGAUCACCCGUUUCCUUAGCGAGGACUACAGCGUCGAGUUUCGCGGCAACUCGCUUGCCCACAAAAUGUGUCUCAACUACCGGCCGACGAUAUGUGCAGAGGGCCGCAACAAGGAGUUCUUGGAUUGGGUGUACGAGGCUGGGAUCAACAUGCCCUUCUCGGAGCUCUCUCGGGCAUUCCAGAAGGAGAUGAUGCCGCAGCUUUCACGGGCGGAUGUCUGGAUGUGCUCCAUCCCAGCAGUGUGGUGUUGGCUUCUUUGGGAUUCUGCGAGCCAGUUCCAAAGCGUCACAAAACCCAUCUUCGCCUACCUCGGACUGCCGAUCUUGCAGCAUGUGCGGCGAGAUGAGCGCUCGGAAUUCUUGGAAGCCUUUGCAUUCUUGGGCAAGAGCAAGCAGACCAUCAUGGCGGCCAACAAUGUCUACUUGGCCGAGGAGGUUGCUUGGCAGACGGGCCUUCGAAUUCCAACGCUGAGAAUACAUGGGCUCCACACCAAUGCGACAUACCUCCCGCUUCGCAGCUCGGAGGUGCUGAUCUCGCGGCCCGGAACCAGCGGUGGAUGGCAAGAGUGCAUUCUGAAUCGAUUCGUGGAUGCGAAUCCCACGUACCCGCUGCGGUUUGUGCAGUUCACGGAUCUGCUGGACCCACACACGACAGAAGAGGUCUACAACGACACCCUCUCAUAUCAGUCUUUGUCCCAGUAUCGUGCCGUGGUGGGCUUUCCCUACGACACAUCCUUGAUGUUCUUCUGGGAGUUCUACUCGAUGAACAUGCCGACGUUUGUGCCAUUCCAGCUUUGGCACUGGGGUGUUUUCGGUCAGCACACGCGAUCAGAUCUGGGGGAGAUGAAGAUCCUACCUGGACAAGGCCCGGUGCUGUCGACGUUGAUUCCUGAAGAGGACCGGGUGUCGUACUCCCCCUUCUUUGACGGCUUUGGAGUUCUUGAUGUCGAGCGCUCCAUGUUCUGGUCUAAGUACACCGACUGGGCCAUGUUUCCUCACGUGCAGUACUUCAAGUCUGUACCGGACCUUCUGGUUCAGCUUGUCGAGAUCAGUCUGCAGGUCGUGUCUUCGGCUAUGAAGAACUUCAACGAGGAGUGUCUGAUAAAGAGUGUGGCGACAUGGCGAUACGUGGUUGAGCGCUUUCUGGAAUUGAAGACCGCCGCUGCAUGA